AUGCUAUCACGCUUUUUAUAUAACAGUUCAAUUAUCAAUUCAUUAAUGCAUGAUCCAACAUCAGUGUCAGCAUUUCUUGAUCCGACAACGUGUCGAUAUGUGAUAGAUGGUGACCGAAAAGAAGCUGAAGCUAUUUUACUCAACGAACGUUCAAUUGUUUAUUCAAAAUUAAAUUUACAAACAACAUCAUCAUCGUCUUCUCAAUUAAUAGAUACAACAUCAACCAUCAAGCAAGAAAAAGACGAUUCAUCUAAUGCACUAUACAAUUUAUACAAAUCAUGUGACUUAUCCUGUAAUGGAAUGUCGAAUAAUUCACGCAAAUGGACUGUAAAAGAAGAGAUUUGUUAUUACUUAUCAACAGUCAGCGAAAAUCAAACUUUUUCUCAAUAUUGGAACAACAACAAAACUCGUUUACCAAUACUUUCAUCAAUAGUACGUCGUUACAAUAUCAUCUCUGCAACUUCCAUAUCAAGUGAAAGUGCUUUUAGCAUUUCAGGUUUCAUUCAAGGAAAGCAUCGAGCUUCUUUAGCACCAGAGAUGUUAAGAUAUUCUAUGAUACUACGUAAUUAG